CCGUGAGGUGCCAUUGACGAGCAUUUCUUUGUGGAAGCUCACAACACAAACUUGUUUUGAGCUAGGACAAAUCUUUUUCACCUGUCUCUAACCCUCGUAAAGCUUUUCUUUGUCGGAUGCCUACUAAAGCCAUUCUGUUGGUGCUGGCUGUGCUGGCUUGCACACAGUCUCACGUUUUCGGGAACCUUCUCAGAAACCCCAGCUUCGAGACUGACCUGGCAGACGCAUGGAAAGGUAAAAACGUGCGCAUGCGCCGUGUCACCGGAGAUGCAGUGCAUGGUGACUACGCUCUGAAGGUCUCUAAAAGAGUGAAAUCAACUGCAUGCCCUAGCCAGGAUGUCAACUUAUCAAAAGGUUCACGAUACGAGGUGGCGCUUCAUGUAAAACUACUCAAUGACAUCGCAGGCAAAUUGUUGCAAAGAAUUCGAGGUGCUUUUACAGUUCGAGUUUGCGAAAGGUGAGAACGGUGUGUACCAGGCAGCUUAUCGUUUGUGUAACUCAUCCAUGGGAUGGAUUUUCGUCAAUGGAAGUUUCACUGCACCCAUGAAAGAUUUCAGCUCAGCUCGGCUGUUAGUACGAGGUCUGGAUGUUGGUGUCAAGUACCUGAUGGACAAUGUAUCCCUUCACGAGGUGCCGGAGAACGUCAACUGGUUUGGAGAGGCCAACGCCAACAUUGACAAAUACCGGAAGUCCAACGCUAACAUGCGCUUUAUCUUGCCCGCCGGUGUGCGACAGUCUGAUUUCGAUGUUCAGGUCAAACUCAAGAGACAUCAAUUUGCAUUUGGCUCCCUAAUCAAGGACACACUGAUAACCGCGACUCCAGCUACUGCCUACAGUCAGCUGGUGUACCACAUGUUCAACUGGGCCACAGUGCAGAGCUACAAGUGGAAAUUCGACAAGGGAACCUUGCGCCGUCCAGAUUACAGUGUCGCGCUCCAGGCAACGGAUGUUCUCAACUCUCAUGGGCUCAAGGUCCGUGGACACAGCAUUUUCUUCGACUUUGCAAAAAAUAAUCCCAAAAACAUUGUAAAACUAGGAUCACGGUCCUUACAGAAAGAAAUGGACAAACACCUGAUGUACAUGUGCAACAUUACCUUUGGCAAGCUGGCCCACUGGGAUGUACAGAAUGAACACAUACGCGGACAGUAUUACGAGGAGACACGAAAAGACACAGAAGUGACUAAAAAUAUCUUCCGUCAAGUGAAGCAGCUGGUAAAUAAUACAAAGCUCUACUUCAACGAUGUCAUGGGUGUCCUGAGUGGAGCUUCCACUGAGGGGCUCACUCAGCUGAUGAAACAAUAUCUCUCAGAGGGAGUGCCUGUCGACGGACUUGGAAUACAAGGACAUUCGAAGCCAUACAUUAAACCCGACCCAACUAUGAUAUGGAGACGUCUUGACCGCCUGGCCAUGACACAGUUGGAAUUGUUCAUCACAGAAUUUGAUGUCCUCACCCCGGAAUGACGUGGAGCGUGCUGAUUGGCUGGAGGACGCCUAUCGCGCUUUCUUUGCUCACCCCUCUCUGAGCGGGGUGGUCAUGUGGGGCUUCUGGGAUCUGGACAGAAGGGAAUCAGAGAAUAAAGAUCUCGUCCGUGGGGUUAAUUUGACGAUUCUGGAGCCAGGUCAAAGGUACAUCUGUCUGGUGAAAAAGGAGUGGACGACUAACCUAAGAAGGAAUCUGGGGGAAGGACUCGCCUUCCAAUUCCGCGGUUUCCGAGGUGACUAUGAUGUUGUGGUGAGACGAAAUGGCGUGCCAGUGCAAAAGGAAAGUUUCGUCUUGAGUAACAAUGACACUGCAAUCAUCAUUCGAAUCACGAACAGUACAGUGCAAGUCACUGUAGAGGAAGAGAGAGACUAUGUUCCGAGGUGCGUCAGCCAUCGCGGCCAGGUGAGUCUCGGACAACAAAUUUCCGUCGCCAACAACCAGCAGCUUACCUGUCACACCGUGACGUCAGAAUCUUCAGGUGAACAUGAGGGCGACGAGGUCGCUGUCAGCUGCCCGGUGGACGAGGUUAUGACGGGUGUAACAGCUUUCAUA